AUGGUACUAUCAUCAAAUUGGUUAGAUUUACAAAAAAAACAGCAAUCAAAACGCAAAAAGAAUGAACAGACCAAAGACACUCGAGCUCGAAAAAUAGUGAAGCAAGCCUCCACCAAAAAGAACAUGACACAAAAUAUCAAAGUAAGAAAAGGUAGCAAGCUCAUGGAUAUGGUACAUUUUAUGACUGAGGAAAUUGACUCCGCAGAGAAGAGUAAAAAGGAUGGUAAAAUAUUUGAGUUUAAAUCAAAGACUGCAAGCAUAGACAGUAAUGACACUGGUUUGGAGCUGAAAUCCAAUGCGUAUUCUAAAGCUUAUAUAGAAAAGACGAAGAGCAUCGGUAAAUACGUUGCCCUAGAUUGUGAGUUUGUUGGAGUUGGACCAGAAGGCAAAGAAUCUGCUUUAGCAAGAGUUUCGUUGGUCAAUUACCAUGGCCAUAUCAUUCUGGAUGAAUUUGUUCAACCUCAAGAACGUGUAAUAGACUGGAGAACGUGGGUAAGUGGUAUCAAACCUGAAAACAUGGUCAACGCCAUAACUGCUUCAGAAGCGCAAGAAAAAGUAGCGUCUAUUCUUGAGGGAAAAAUCUUAGUCGGUCACUCUGUUAAACACGAUUUGGAGUCUUUAUUUAUUUCUCAUCCCAAGUCCAUGAUCAGAGAUACUGCAAAACAUGUCCCGUUCAGGCAAGAAUAUUCAAAAGGAAAGACACCAAGUCUAAAAAAAUUAGCGAAAGAAAUACUUGGGAGAGAUUUUCAGGAGGGUCAGCACUCAUCUGUUGAGGAUGCUAGCGUUACAAUGGAAAUCUAUAAAAGUAGGAGAAAAGAGUUUGAAAAAUGGACACACCCCACCAACAACAAAAAAUCCGAACUUUAA